AUGGCGACGGAAACCCUAGAUGACAAGAAAUCGGAGGAAGAGAAGGUGAUAGAUAAAGAAAAUGAAGAGGGAAAUAAGGAGGUUUUGGAUAAACAAAUGGAAGUUGAAGAGAAGGAGAACGAGGAAGAGAAGAGGGGGGAGGAGGAAGAAGAAGAGAGUGAAGAUGAAGGGACUAAAAGGGUCAAAGGUAGUAGUAGAAAGGGGAGUUCUAGGAAAUCUAGUCGAGAUUCGACUGAGAAGAAAGAGCCAGUGACGCCUAGUAGUGAUAAGCCUACAAGGGAAAGGAAAGUCGUAGAAAGGUAUUCAGCUCCUUCUGUUGCAAGGUCUUCCUCGUCUAAAACUCUGUCAAUUGAAAAGCUUGUGAAAGAAGCCAUUCUGUCUCGUAUUCAUGGCUUAGCUCUUAAAACAACUGUUGCUGCGGGAAACUGGACCUGGGAACAUGCAAAACUUAAAGCUAGAGUGAAGACUUUACAAAGAAACCUGAGGCAUUACGAAGGAGAAGAUAUCCAGAAUUUGAGUCUUAGAGAGCUUCAAAAUUUGGAGCAACAACUUGAUUCUGCCCUUAAACGCAUAAGAUCCAAAAGGGUUUAA